AUUUUAUUUUUAGGGUACAGGAACUGCGCGGAACUUUACAAAGCUGGACAACGAAAGAGCGGUGUCUACACAAUCAACCCUGACAAUGCCGGAGCUUUCGAUGUUUAUUGUGACCAAACAACAGCCGGUGGAGGGUGGACAGUGCUCCAAAAGAGACUAGACGGCUCGGUUGAUUUCUACCGCGGCUGGGAUGAUUACAAACGAGGCUUUGGGAAUCUAAAUGGUGAAUUUUGGCUCGGCCUGGACAAGAUUCACCGCCUGACGAUAUUACGAAGCAGGCUUCGGGUGGAUCUUGAGGACACGAACGGAAAAACGGCUUACGCUGAGUAUGAUUUUUUUGGUGUUUCCAGUGAGAGAAGCAAGUACAAGCUGAGUUUAGGAACAUACUCCGGUGAGUACAAAUGUUAAAGCUCAAAAGUGAAAAAAUCGACAUCGGUACAAACAAGAUAAGUAAAACCGAAAUCGUAUCAUGUGGAAACUAUAUGGUUACCCAAACAAGCAUUCCAACGUGUGGUCGCGCAGAGGUGUAACCCAGAGAUAUGGCAAGGGUAGCACGUAGUAAACAGAGGCAGCAACAACAAUUAAAUGAAACAAACGAGGAAAAACGUAAAAAACACCCUGUACUUUUUUCUAUAAACUGCACCGUAAAUUGGAAAACUUUAGUGUCAUUCUAACAAUGCCGCAUUUGUUUCACGGCCUUUGUCAACUCCGGCGGUAAAUGUCUAUUUUCACAUUAUUCACCGAGCUUCACGUUUUUGGCCAAAAAUUCAGUUUAUCACGACUCAGGAAGCAACGGACGCGUGUCAUUUAUGAACUUAGUAGAUGGCCUUGCUUACCAUGAGUUCUACCAAACUCUGAAGUGAUAAGAGCACCCGGUUGGCAUUCUGGGAGGUCAUCGAAUUCGGUCGGGGCUCGGAGUUUUUUCUUUGUCCAAGCAUUUGAAAUGACAAACAUUUCAUUUUCCAACCCAAGGCUUAUUCUACGUUGUCAAAUGCAUAUUUUUCAGGAACUGCUGGCGACUCGCUCGGCCGACAUCGUGGUUAUGGAUUUACAACUAAAGAUCGAGACAACGACAGCUGGAAUCAAAACUGUGCAUCGCGUUUUAAGGGAGCAUGGUGGUACAGUGACUGUAUCAUCUCAAGUCUAAAUGGUGUUUAUCUACACGGCAAACAUUCUAAAUCCUGGGAAGGGAUGGUCUGGGUCUCAUGGAAGGGAGCAAAUUACUCCGUUAAACGAGCAGAGAUGAAAAUAAGACCGGUCAAAGCCUAA